UUAUCCCUCCUGACUUCUCAACCUCAAAAAACCCUUAUCAACAACGAUAACAAAAAACCUCUUUUCUCAAAAACCUUCCAAUUUCCUUUUUUCCAAAUUCCAAAAAUCAAACAAUGCCUUCUCUCCCAGAAGAGCCACUUCUUGCUCCAAACCCAGACCGUUUUUGUAUGUUCCCAAUUGAAUACCCUAAAAUUUGGGAAAUGUACAAAAAAGCCGAAGCCUCAUUCUGGACCGCCGAAGAAGUUGAUUUAUCACAAGAUCUUCAACAUUGGAACAAUUUAACUGACGGCGAACGACACUUUGUAUCCCACGUUCUUGCAUUUUUCGCCGCAUCCGACGGCAUCGUUUUAGAGAAUCUUGCUGGAAGAUUCAUGAAAGAAGUUCAAGUUUCAGAGGCGCGUGCUUUUUACGGUUUUCAAAUCGCGAUUGAGAAUAUACAUUCUGAAAUGUAUAGUCUCCUUCUUGAAACGUAUAUAAGCGAUUCGGUUGAGAAGAAUCGUUUGUUUCAUGCUAUUGAGACGAUUCCUUGUAUUCGUAAGAAAGCGGAUUGGGCUUUGAAAUGGAUCGAUUCGUCGGAUUCGUUUGCUGAAAGAAUCGUUGCUUUUGCUUGCGUUGAAGGUAUUUUUUUCUCUGGUAGUUUCUGUGCAAUUUUUUGGCUUAAAAAACGUGGUUUAAUGCCUGGUUUAACUUUUUCAAACGAGCUUAUUUCGCGUGACGAAGGACUUCAUUGUGAUUUUGCUUGUUUGCUUUAUUCACUAUUGAGGAAUAAACUGAGUGAGGAGCGAGUGAAGAAGAUUGUGAGUGAUGCGGUUGAGAUUGAGAGGGAGUUUGUUUGUGACGCGCUUCCGUGCGCGUUGGUCGGGAUGAAUGGUGAUUUGAUGAGCCAGUAUAUUGAGUUCGUUGCCGAUAGGUUGUUGGGUGAGCUUGGUUGUGGGAAAGUUUAUAAUGUUCAGAAUCCUUUUGAUUGGAUGGAGUUGAUUUCUCUUCAAGGGAAGACUAACUUUUUUGAGAAGCGCGUUGGGGAAUAUCAGAAAGCUUCUGUUAUGAAUAGUUUGACUGCAAAUGGUGGUGCUCAUGUUUUCAAGUUGGAUGAGGAUUUUUAGAUCAAGAAAUCAGGGUUUUGCACUAAUAUUGCUAUUCCGGAUAUAUUUUCAUCUUGUUUAAUUAAUAAUAAUAUUAGGGUUAUUUUCCUGUCACCAAUUUAUCGUCUUGUUACUUUGCAUUUUAUUUUUUUGUUUUAUGAUAACGUUCCUUGUAAAAAACCCGCUUACAAAGUUUAAUGGAUGCUUGUUCUUCUUAUUUAUAAU